AUGAAUGUUCUCAAGCUCCAGAAGCGAUUCCCGCAGCUUGACCAGGGCGAGAUUUUCUCUCUCCAGGAUGCUUUCCACAAGCUGGACGUCGACGACCGCGGCUACCUAGACGAAGCAUCUGCGAUUAAGGCCACUCAACAGUCGGAGCGACAACCGUAUGAUGUCGUGCGCCAAGCGCUCAAGGGUGUGGAACUCGACAGCUCUCGCCGUGUAGAGCUCGAGGACUAUAUUGAUCUGGUCUCGAGACUGCGCUCUGGACCGGCGCCCGGCGCCCCUGGAGGUGCUAGCCCGGCUGCUGUUAUCCAAGGAGCCGGAGCCGGCGCUGGCGCCGGUGCUUCCCGCCACGUUUCCAAGGGCAGCGUCAGCGGUAGGAUUCACGUCCAAGGUUCAUCGUCGAACGUCACCCACACGAUCAACGAAGAUGAGCGAACCGAGUUCACGCGACACAUCAAUGCCGUUCUGGCCGGCGAUCCCGAUAUUGGCGACCUUCUCCCCUUUCCUACCGAUACCUUCGAGAUGUUUGAUAAGUGCAAGGAUGGCUUGGUACUCGCAAAACUGAUCAAUGACAGUGUUCCUGACACUAUUGAUGAACGUGUCCUGAACAAGGCCGGGCGGAAAAUCAAGGAGUUGAACGCUUUCCAUAUGACCGAGAACAACAACAUCGUCAUCAACUCCGCUAAGGGUAUUGGCUGCUCGGUUGUGAACAUUGGAAGCGGGGAUAUCAUUGAGGUUCGCGAGCACCUCAUCCUGGGUCUUAUCUGGCAGAUCAUCCGCAGGGGUCUGCUCGGCAAAAUCGACAUCAAGCUCCACCCUGAGCUUUACCGACUCCUGGAGGAGGAUGAGACACUGGAGCAGUUCCUGCGCUUGCCCCCAGAGCAGAUUCUACUCCGUUGGUUCAACUACCAUCUCAAGAACGCGAAAUGGGACAGACGGGUGAACAACUUCUCUACCGAUGUGAAAGAUGGUGAGAACUACACUGUUCUCUUGAAUCAACUGGCACCAGAAAUUUGCUCGCGAAGCCCUCUUCAGACUCAAGACCUGCUUCAGCGUGCAGAGCAGGUGCUUUCUAACGCGGAGAAGCUGGAUUGCCGCAAGUUCUUGACUCCGACAUCGUUGGUUGCAGGAAACCCCAAGCUUAACCUCGCCUUUGUCGCCAACUUGUUCAACACACACCCAGGACUGGACCCGAUCACCGAGGAGGAGAAGCUUGAAGUGGAAGACUUUGACGCCGAGGGUGAGCGUGAAGCCCGAGUCUUUACUCUAUGGUUGAAUUCGCUGGAUGUUCAGCCCUCCGUCAACUCGCUGUUUGAUGAUCUGCGUGAUGGAAAUGUCCUGCUGCAAGCAUACGACAAGGUUAUCCCUGGAAGCGUCAACUGGAGACAUGUCAACAAGCCGCCGGCGUCAGGCGGUGAAUUGAUGCGCUUCAAGGCCGUGGAGAAUACCAACUACUCCAUCGAACUUGGAAAACACCAUGGCUUCUCCCUUGUAGGCGUGCAAGGUGCUGAUAUCACUGAUGGGCAACGGACCCUUACCCUUGGCUUAGUGUGGCAGUUGAUGCGUCGAGAUAUUACCAGAACCUUGUCUGCACUGGCCCAGCGCCUGGGCAAGCGUGAGAUUACCGAUACUGAAAUGAUUCGCUGGGCCAAUGACAUGUCAAAGAGCGGUGGCCAGUCUUCUGCCAUCCGGAGCUUCAAGGACCAGUCCAUUGGAACGGGUCGAUUCCUGUUGGAUGUGCUCAACGGUAUGAAGAGCAGCUACGUGGACUACGACCUGGUGACUCCUGGCCGCACCGACGAGGAGGCAUAUGCCAAUGCCAAGCUGAGCAUCAGUAUUGCCAGAAAGAUGGGUGCCACGAUUUGGCUGGUACCGGAGGAUAUUUGCCAAGUGCGCUCUCGUUUGGUCACUACAUUCAUCGGUUCCCUUAUGGAUACCCACGAGAAGAUGUAA